UCUUCAUUUCCUUCCAACUCCGGCGAUCCUGAAAGCAAAGCUCGAGCCAUCUACGGACCGACAGGAUGAGCGACAGCCCUUGCCUGAGUCCUCCAGCACCAAGCCAGGGUCCUACUACCCCACGCAAGGGGCCCCCCAAGUUCAAGCAGAGGCAGACGCGACAGUUCAAGAGCAAGCCUCCCAAGAAAGGGGUGAAAGGGUUUGGAGAUGACAUCCCAGGCAUGGAGGGGCUAGGAACAGAUAUCACCGUGAUCUGCCCCUGGGAAGCAUUCAGCCACCUGGAACUGCACGAGCUGGCUCAGUUCGGGAUCAUCUGAGGAGUCGCGGCUUGGCUGCUCUCGGGAGCAUCUGCUGCUCUUGAGUGCCUUGAUUUUGCCCAGUUGGUCUCUCUGAGUCUUGAAAUCCAGUAUUUGGGAGGAAUUUCCUUGCAUUCCCAUGAGUUUCCGUCGUGUUCUUUCCUGCAUGGUAGCUCACCUUCGAUGGUGAAUAAAGCGGCACUUUUGUUGGGGGGGGUCCCUCAACUUUACGCCU